AUGGCGUACAGUCAGGGAGGCAGCAAGAAGAAAGCCUGCUACUACUACUACGAUGGUGAUAUUGGAAAUUAUUAUUACGGACAGGGUCGUCCCAUGAAACCUCAUAGGAUCCGCAUGACCCAUAACUUGCUGCUAAAUUAUGGCUUGUAUAGAAAAAUGGAAAUAUAUAGUCCCCAUAAAGCCACUGCUGAAGAAAUGACAAAAUACCACAGCAAUGAGUACAUCAAAUUUCUACGUUCAAUAAGACCAGAUAACACGUUCGAGUAUAGUAAGCAGAUGCAGAGAUUUAAUGGUGGAGAAGAUUGUCCAGUGUUUGAUGGGCUCUUUGAGUUUUGUCAGCUUUCAUCUGGUGGUUCAGUUGCUGGGGCUGUGAAGUUGAACCGACAACAAACUGAUAUGGCUGUUAACUGGGCUGCAGGAUUACAUCAUGCUAAGAAAUCAGAAGCAUCAGGAUUCUGUUAUGUUAAUGAUAUUGUGCUUGCCAUCCUUGAAUUACUAAAGUAUCAUCAGAGAGUCUUAUAUAUUGAUAUUGAUAUCCAUCGUGGUGAUGGUGUUGAAGAAGCUUUUUAUACAACAGAUCGUGUAAUGACUGUAUCAUUCCACAAAUAUGGGGAAUACUUUCCUGGAAUGGGAGACUUGAGGGAUAUUGGUGCAGGAAAAGGCAAAUACUAUGCUGUCAAUUUUCCAGUGAGAGAUGGUAUAGAUGAUGAAUCAUAUGGGCAGAUAUUUAAGCCUAUUAUCUCAAAAGUGAUGGAGAUGUAUCAACCUACUGCUGUGGUGCUACAGUGUGGUGCAGACUCACUAUCCGGUGAUAGGCUUGAUUGCUUCAAUUUGACAGUCAAAGGUCAUGCUAAAUGUGUAGAAGUUGUAAAAACUUUCAAUUUACCAUUACUGAUGCUUGUGGGAGGUGGAUACACAAUCCGCAAUGUUGCUCGAUGUUGGACAUAUGAGACUGCUGUUGCCCUUGAUUGUGAGAUUCCCAGUGAACUGUCAUAUAAUGAUUACUUUGAGAAUUUUGGACCAGACUUCAAACUGCAUAUUAGUCCUUCAAACGUGACAAACCAGAACACUCCAGAAUAUACGGAAAAACAGCGUUUAUCUGAAAAUUUACGCAUGUUGCCACAUGCAGCUGGCGUCCAAAUGCAAGCUAUUCCAGAAGAUGCAGUUCAUGAAGACAGUGGAGAUGAAGAUGGAGAAGAUCCAGACAAGAGAAUUUCUAUUCGGGCAUCAGACAAACGGAUAGCUUGUGAUGAAGAAUUCUCAGAUUCUGAGGAUGAAGGAGAGGGAGGUCGCAGAAAUGUGGCUGAUCAUAAGAAAGGAGCAAAGAAAGCUAGAAUUGAAGAAGACAAGAAGGAAACGGAGGACAAAAAAACAGAUGUUAAAGAAGAUAAGUCCAAGGACAGUGUGGUGAAAAAAACAGAUACCAAAGGAGCCAAAUCAGAAGAGCUCAGCAACUCCUGAAUUUGAGAGUCUCAUCACUUUCAGUGAGAAAAUAUUGGGAAGAAAAAUGUUUUCUUUUUGAAGACUUCUGGCUUCAUUUUAUACUACUUUGUCAUGGACUGUAUUUAUUUUCAAAAUGGCUUUUUUUGGUUUUGUUUUUCUU